AUGUUAUUAUUGUAUUUGAGUAUUACUGUGCUGGUAUCAGGAGCAAACCCACCACAAAUAGCAUCCCCUAAUUGCCCAGACCGCUGCGGAAAUGUUAGGAUUCCAUACCCUUUCGGAGUUGAAUCAUCCACAUCCAAAGGAGCUGGUUGUUCCUUAGACCUAGGGUUUGUAAUAAACUGCUACCCGAAUGAGACUGCAGUGUUGAGGCUCGAGGAACAAGAGGUGCAGGUGCUGGAUAUUUCCAUUGAAGACCGCACGAUUCGGGUUAACAACUUUGUUGCUAAAUACUGCCAGGGUGAUGGUUAUACUAGUCAUCAACCACCAAAAUUAUCCGGGACACCUUUCACUUAUUCUCAGAGGCACAAUACAUUUGUUUCGGCCAGUUGCGACCUCCUGGCCGUGGUGUAUGAGUCUGAUGACAAUCCAGUCAUCCUUGGUGGGUGCAGCUCAGUUUGUGGUGACGAGACGACUCAUACUAAUAGUACGAGUUACUUGGAGUGUAAGACUAGUACCAACUGUUGCCAGACUAACCUCCCCCCAAACAGGAAGAGUUUGUUUUUUCACUUGCUAACCACUGCUGGAGAGGGUGCAAAUUGCUCCACGAUUUCCAGUUCACAGCAGAAUAAACAUGCAUAUUUGGUUGACCAAAUUUGGUUUCAGAACUUAUCUAAUUCAUCAGCUGCAGGAAGAGUCGGCGAGAAGGAUUUGGAGGAGGUUCCUUUGGUGCUAGAAUGGGCCAUAAACGAUUCAUUCACACAGUUUAAUGAAUCUAAUUAUCCCUCUACUGAUUCAUCUAGUUGCCAGAAGGUUCUGGCAUACAAACUGCAGAGCACCUUUAUUUGUAGCUGCUCGGCAGGCUAUGAAGGAAAUCCUUAUCUUGGGAGCCAAUUUUGUUCAGAUAUUGAUGAAUGCACAGACCGUGCUAAAAACCAUUGCUCGGCUGGCGAAAAAUGUGUCAACCUUGAAGGGAGCUACCGCUGUAAAAAAGAGAGCAAAGCUAAGAUAUAUGUUCUAGUAGGUCUUGCCGCUUGUCUUGGAACGGUUUUGCUACUUCUCGUUGGAUUUUUGGGUUACAGAAAGUGGAAAAAAUGGAGUGACAGUAAGCUCAAGCGUAAGAAUUACGAACGGCACGGAGGAUUAUUGUUGGAACAGCAAUUGUUGUCUGGUAAUGUUAAUGUUGAGAGAAUUAAGGUGUUUGAGUCGAAAGAGUUAGAGAAGUCCACAAACAAUUACAGUCGAGAUAGAAUUCUCGGUAAGGGAGGUCAAGGGACUGUCUACAAAGGAAUGUUAGCAGAUGGAAGAAUCGUUGCUGUAAAAAGGUCCAACAUAGUUGAUGAAGGCGAAGUUGGACAAUUCAUUAAUGAAAUUGUCAUUCUUUCGCAAGUUAGCCACAGAAAUGUGGUUAAGCUAUUGGGUUGCUGUUUAGAGACCAAAGUUCCACUCUUGGUUUAUGAGUUCAUACUCAAUGGAACACUUUCUCACUAUAUUCAGCAUCACAAUGAGGAGUUUCCUCUUACGUGGGAAGUACGCUUACGAGUUGCCAUAGAAGUUGCUGGAGCUAUUUCAUACUUGCACUCAUCAGCUUCCUCUCCCAUCUACCAUCGUGACAUUAAGUCUUCAAACAUACUCCUGGACGGUAAGUUUAGAGCUAAAGUUGCCGAUUUCGGAACAUCAAGAUCAGUAGCCAUAGGCAAAACACAUCGAACCAUGACAAAGGUACAAGGCACAUUUGGUUAUUUGGAUCCGGAGUACUUUCAAUCUAGCCAGUUUACAGACAAAAGUGACGUUUAUAGUUUCGGGGUGGUUCUUGCUGAGCUCUUGACCGGACGAAAACCAAUUUUUCAGAGGACGCCACAAGAACCCACGAGUCUUGCAACUUAUUUCCUCGAGUCCAUGGACCAGACUAAUCUUUCUGAUAUUCUUGAUGAUCAGGUUGUGAACGAUGGUAGCAAAGAAGAAAUUGUGGCAGUUGCCAACCUUGCAAAACGUUGCUUAAAUUUGAAUGGAAGGAGACGCCCUACUAUGAAAGAAGUAGCAGUGGAGCUGGAGGGAAUUCAAUUGUCAGUAAAAGGUUUGGGUCGUGUUCACGGACUUUCAGAGGUUGGUUCUGUUCCAACUGAUGAAAUAACAGAAGCUUGGGAUGUAGAUUUUGAAUCAACAAGAUCUUGUGAAGUUAAGGGAACAAGUACAUCGUCCUAUGUACAACCACUAUUGUUUUCCAAUACAAUGUAG